GGAAGCCCGUUUGGGAAACGGAAGAGCCCGGAGUUGGCUGUCAGCGCCGGCAGGAGCGAGCCUGGGGACUUUUGGGGGGCGGGUGGAAGGCAGGUUUUGAGCUGGAUGCCGCCGCCCCGUCGGACCCCAGAGCGAGAACCCAGCCGCGCUGCAGCCCCAAUUCGGGGUAGGAUCCUGGGAUUCCAGAACAGAUGCAUCUUCCAGCAGUUGAUUGCAUCCCACACUAGGGAAGUCCAGGAAUGAGACAUUCUUGGGCUCUAUUUCUUCAUCCUGGAAUUCAUCCACUUCAGGGCACUCUGACUCUUGGCUUACUAUGACAUACCCUCAGUAAAGGUCUGAUGGACAGACCCUUUUUGGUGACUUUUUGGCUUUUUUUCUUCAUGUGGAAGUUGGAAGACAAGUGAAAGGAGCCAAAAGCGAUCUGCUUUAGCAAAUAACUUGGUUCUCAGAACAUGGGCCCUCGUUUAAAGUUGCAGCUGUGAUCCUCGGCUGUCUGUUGGCAUUGAAGGGACCUGAUGUUUUACGUUAUUGGUGGAAUCACAGUAUCUGUGGUUGCAUUCUUCUUCACAAUUAAGUUCCUCUUUGAGCUUGCUGCACGUGUAGUCAGCUUUCUUCAAAAUGAAGACCGUGAGCGCCGAGGGGACCGGACUAUUUAUGACUAUGUGCGGGGAAAUUACUUGGAUCCCCGGUCCUGCAAAGUGUCCUGGGAUUGGAAGGACCCCUAUGAGGUGGGCCACAGCAUGGCCUUCCGAGUGCAUUUAUUCUAUAAGAAUGGGCAGCCUUUCCCCGCACAUCGGCCUGUGGGACUGCGAGUUCACAUCUCUCAUGUUGAAUUAGCAGUGGAAAUUCCAGUGACCCAGGAAGUCCUUCAGGAGCCCAAUUCCAACGUGGUAAAGGUGGCCUUCACUGUGCGCAAGGCUGGGCGUUAUGAGAUUACAGUGAAGCUUGGUGGAUUAAAUGUCGCCUAUAGUCCCUACUACAAAAUUUUUCAGCCUGGUAUGGUGGUUCCUUCCAAAACCAAAAUUGUGUGCCAUUUUUCUACUCUUGUGUUGACCUGUGGGCAGCCACACACCCUUCAGAUAGUGCCCCGGGAUGAAUAUGACAACCCUACCAACAACUCAACAUCCUUGAGAGAUGAGCACAACUACAGUUUGUCCAUUCAUGAGCUCGGCCCUCAAGAAGAAGAGAGUAGUAAAGUCUCAUUUGAGACAUCAGUGACCUCCAACAGGCAGACAUGCCAGGUUUUCUUGCGGCUCACCCUGAAUUCUCGUGGUUGCUUCCAUGCCUGCAUUUCAUACCAGAAUCAACCAAUCAAUAAUGGCGAAUUUGACAUUAUUGUCCUUAGUGAGAAUGAGAGGAAUAUUGUUGAACGCAAUGUUUCUACGUCAGGAGUGAGCAUUUACUUUGAGGCUUAUCUUUAUAAUGCUAACAACUGUACCAGCACACCAUGGCACCUUCCACCCAUGCACAUGAGCUCUUCCCAGCGCCGGCCUUCCACUGCUGUUGAAGAGGAAGAUGAAGACUCACCCUCAGAAUGCCACACACCUGAGAAGGUGAAGAAACCGAAGAAGGUCUACUGCUAUGUGUCACCAAAGCAAUUCUCAGUGAAGGAAUUCUACCUGAAAAUCAUCCCCUGGCGUCUUUACACCUUCCGAGUAUGCCCAGGAACAAAAUUUUCAUACCUUGGCCCUGACCCUGUUCAUAAGCUUCUCACCUUGGUGGUAGAUGAUGGCAUUCAGCCUCCUGUGGAGCUCAGCUGCAAGGAGAGGAACAUUCUGGCAGCCACUUUCAUCCGUUCCCUACACAAGAACAUUGGAGGCUCUGAGACCUUUCAGGAUAAGGUGAACUUUUUCCAGCGAGAGCUUCGGCAGGUACAUAUGAAGAAACCACAUUCCAAAGUCACCCUGAAGGUCAGCAGACACGCCUUGUUGGAAUCGUCUCUGAAGGCCACUCGGAAUUUUUCCAUCUCAGAUUGGAGCAAGAAUUUUGAAGUGGUCUUCCAGGAUGAAGAAGCUUUGGACUGGGGAGGGCCUCGCCGGGAAUGGUUUGAGCUAAUCUGCAAAGCACUGUUUGAUACCACCAGUCAGCUCUUCACCCGGUUCAGUGACAACAACCAAGCACUAGUACAUCCUAACCCUAAUCGUCCAGCUCACCUGCGCUUGAAGAUGUAUGAGUUUGCAGGGCGGCUGGUAGGCAAGUGUUUGUAUGAAUCCUCUCUAGGAGGAGCCUACAAGCAGUUGGUCCGUGCUCGUUUCACUCGUUCUUUCCUGGCCCAAAUCAUAGGACUACGGAUGCAUUACAAGUACUUUGAAACAGAUGACCCAGAAUUCUUUAAAUCCAAAGUUUGCUUUAUCCUCAACAAUGACAUGAGUGAAAUGGAGCUUGUCUUUGCAGAAGAGAAAUAUAAUAAAUCAGGUCAAUUGGAUAAGGUUGUAGAACUAAUGACAGGUGGAGCUCAAACCCCAGUUACAAAUGCAAAUAAAAUCUUCUAUUUAAACUUGCUAGCCCAGUAUCGGCUGGCCAGUCAAGUGAAAGAGGAGGUGGAACAUUUCCUAAAAGGCUUGAAUGAGUUGGUUCCUGAGAAUCUUUUGGCUAUUUUUGAUGAAAAUGAGCUUGAGCUGCUGAUGUGUGGGACUGGAGACAUCAGUGUGUCUGACUUCAAAGCUCAUGCUGUAGUUGUCGGUGGCUCCUGGCAUUUCAGAGAAAAGGUCAUGAGGUGGUUUUGGACUGUGGUUUCCAGUCUGACCCAGGAGGAAUUGGCUCGGCUUCUUCAGUUCACAACAGGCUCCUCUCAGCUACCACCGGGAGGCUUUGCUGCCCUCUGUCCUUCAUUUCAGAUUAUUGCUGCUCCGACCCACAGCACACUUCCUACCGCACACACGUGUUUUAACCAGCUGUGCCUCCCUACGUAUGACUCGUAUGAAGAGGUGCACAGGAUGCUACAGCUGGCCAUCAGCGAGGGUUGUGAGGGCUUUGGCAUGCUCUGAUCACUCCUAUCAUCUGCUUGGCUCCCACGUGCUCUAGAGUAUCUGGGCACAUGUUGACAAGCAUAACCACUGACCUUAACACACCUAACCAUCAGCCAGAAGAUACUACAUGCUCCCCUGUGUCUGGAGUAUUCUGUCAUCUACAAGCAUUGUCCUUAUUUCACCCUCUCUGUGUCCAUAUCCACCACAGGCCACUUUGGCACGUAGUACCUAACCUGAGCACUCCACUCAGUCAUGAGAAGAGGACCAUGCUGCUGUCAUUUCAUUUGGUCCUUUGAAGAUCUCUGUAGCUGGAUCUUCCUCAGUGACUGAGGGAGGUGACACAGAGAGCUCAGCUCUGUUGGAAAGCUGGCAUGCUGAGACCCUUUAGUCAUGCCAUGUUCCAGCACCUACUGCUCCUUGGAGGUACCCUCCUCCAUCUCAGUACUUGACCAGACUGGCACAUAAUUCUUCUCUUGGGCAACCCAUUACUUCUCAUCAGAAACCAGGAGGAGCACAGAUAGAAAGUGGCCUAUACAAACAACCUAAUUGUCCUCCCACGUAAUGGCAGCCACAGACCAUGAGGACUCAUAGCACAAAAGGAUCUCUGUGGUAGCAGAACUGGAAAAGGCACUUUCCCUGAAGGCAGUUUUGAAAAUGAUCAUUAAUCUAUAAAGAAUUUUUCAAGCUUUUUCUUGAAUUUGAGCCAGUGCAAAAAGCAGUCAGACAGAAGAAUGUGAAGGAUAACUGUGCUGUCACCUUCAGUGCUAGAUAUGAUUCUCCCUUAGGUGAGAGGCAUGUCCAGGCACCUGGAUGGCUUGAAGACUACUGAUGCUUUCCUCUGAGCUUGUUCUUUACGUUGAGGUAUGGCUGGGCCUGACCACUGACCUCCAACUUAUGCAGUCUGUUGAAGAGCUAUCUUUAGUGUUCUGUUAAAGAAGUUUCAGUAGUAAAGUACUGGGACAGUAAAAAUAGCAUGCCAGAAGUUCCUUAUUCUCUCUUUGCUUGGUGUUCUCUGGUAAAACCAAGGCAAAGGAACAAUGAUCACAGGUUCCUAGGGUCAGGCCACUGGAUAUUGACAUGGAGGAGAUGUGGUAGGCAGUGAACACCUACCAAUUCCAGAUGCUUUGCUUCAGUAGUUACCAGGAAGGGGAACCAAGGAGGGAGGAAACUAUAUGAGGUUCACUCUUGGGUGAUGAUUAAAGAGAAAACUGACAGUCUCUUGGAAGAUGAUAGCAUCUCUUUUCAUUACUGUUUGAAUGAAAACAACAUUAAGACUCAAGAUCACAUGGACUUCCUAAAUUUCUGUCUUUAAGAAGGCUUUGCUGCAAGCUGUCAUUCCCAAUGGGACACUAAACUCAGAAUAUUACAAGCCAUCUUUAUUGCCAAAACCAGCAAGUACACAGAUUCCCGAGACAAGGCAGGACUUGUAGCAAUGCCUUGGCCCCCUUGGAAGCAUGUCUGAGCCCUCCUGUUCCCAGGGAUCAUGAGGGACAAGCCCUCCUGAGCUGCUAAAAUUCCUGCCUGACCUCACUCCUUUGCAGUCAUCAUUUGUCCUUUCUUGGUGUGGGUGCUGACCUCACCCUUGGGGUUUGGGAUCCAGCAUCAGGGCCUCUACACCCCAGAAUCCUCCAUGCCACAUGGUCACUGCUCUCCUCAGGGACCAGGACAAGGUGCUGCUGCUUGCCGCCAUUUUCCCGUGGAACAUGUACAGGAUAAAUCAUCACCCUGUUGCCCCUCAGGCCCACAUUGGGGCUUCCCACUAGGGUGCAUGGGCUGGUUUAGCUGUCUGGGGCAGUUGCUCCUGUUCUGGAUUCUGCAUUCUCCCCUCCAGCAGCUCUCUGGAGACUCUGCCGGGGGUUGAGUUGAUUUUUCUUUUUCUUUUUUCUUUUUUUUUGGCUAGACUUGUUUUACGCUCUAGUCCUGGCACUUUUUCAGUCUCCUAGGCACUGUUGCAGCCCAGCUGGGGUAGCCGCAGCCCCAGGGUGAUCUUUAGGCACCAGAGUCUUUUAAAAAAAAAUCCCUUUGGUACUGUGUAGUUUUCUAUUCUUCCAGUUUACUCUCUCUUCUAACUAUUUAAAAGCAUUUUUACUCUUUUUUGCAUUUUCUUUUACCUUUUAUUUCUAAUACUGCUUUGGUACCAGCCAGUGUGGGGAAAGAGAUACUGUAUGUUGGAGAGAUGGAAGGGUGUGUUAUUUCUUGGGAAGUUUUCUAUUCAUGUUCCUUAUUUUGGCCAGUUCUUUUGUUUAUGCCCUUAUGACCUUGGGAGGCCAGCUGCUAACCUCCUGGCUUUUGGCUUUUCAGUGUCCUUGAAGGAGACCAGUCAUUAAAUGAACACCGAGGAGAGUGUUGGCAUGGUUCUAGAAAUUUGGCAGAGACCAAGCUCUGCUGCACAUUUGUCAGGCCAGGUCUAGUCAUUUGCAGCUGGUGAUGUAAAUAUUUUGUACAGUAAAUAAAUGCCUAAAAGAA